CGCACCCCAACCCCCUGCCCUGCAUACAAUUUCCCCACCCAGAUGUGGCUCUCGGGCCAAAAAGUUUGCCCUCCCCUGUGCUAGGCAGUGGGGACUGAGGAGUGUGCAAGGUCUGGGCCAUGGCAGAAUGUAGCUUGAUCAUUUCCACUGAGGCUAUCGUGGCUCUAAUGUAGAAUAAAGAACCAAAAAGGGGACAAGAAAAAUUAAUAUUGGAGCGCUCUUAAAAUUAUGUGAGAAUAACAUCUUUAGUAUAAAUCACCAUCUUCUCCAACAUCCUCUCCAUCAGCUCAGAUGCGUGGGUUUAUUUCCCCAACCAGCAGGUGGACAGAAGAAAAAAACAGAUGUGUGAUGGCGUAACUUCCCUUAUGCUAGGCAUUGGCUAGCUCAAGCAGCUAAGUCAUUUCCAGACCCAAAGUUCCUGAUGGUGCCCUAAAUGGCAGCAUUUAAACUCCCUUUUUUUGCUGGGCUAACUGAAAUAGAUGUGCUGUUGAGUAGAGUUCAGAUGUUGAGUAAAGAAUCAUACAUUUCUAUGAAGAGUGUUAAGAUAUGACUUCAGUUACAAGAUUAAAACAUGCACAGAAACGGCUCAUUGACAAGGAGGAAGGAUGGUCCAGUGGUUCGAGUGUUAGCCUGGAUUUUAGGUUGGAUUCCAUGAGGAGGCAUAGAGGACAAAGAACGACCUGUCGAAGGACAAUCGGAAAGGAUGCUGCUUUCAUGGAGACUACGUUGGAUAUGGCUGGCUGACCAACUGCUAAGAGACAGCGAGGUCCAGACAUGACCUCAGCUCUCAAGGCCCUGCCCAACAUCCGUAGAGCCUGCAUGAUCCCAGCCUGUCAGGGCCAAGCAUCUCACCCGCGCAGUAUGUCCCUCUGGGAGCACGGGCUGCACCUCUUCCGCAGCGCUGUAGGUGUCGUCCUGCCGGCCCCCAUGCUGAGAAGGGCCAUGGUACUCAAAACCAACGGAUGCCCCAGGCUGGUCGUGAGGGACAGGGCUUUCCCUGUGAGGAGGAACCUGUAUCUGGUGGGCUUUGGGAAAGCUGUACUGGGAAUGGCGGCUGCGGCAGAGGAGAUCCUCGGAGACCACCUAAUUCAGGGGGUUGUCAGUGUCCCCCACGGCAUCCGGGCAUGUCUGCAGCAGGCGGGAAUGGAGGAGAUGCUGCUGAAACCUCACAGCAGGAUCCAGGUCAUAGAAGGAGCCAAGCACAACCUCCCUGACAGAGAGGCUCUGAGGGCAGCCAGCGUAAUUCAGGAGCUAGCUGAAGGGCUGACAGCUGAUGACCUCCUCCUUGUGCUGAUCUCAGGAGGUGGAUCGGCCCUACUGCCUGCUCCUACUCCUCCGAUCCUCUUGGAAGAGAAAGAGAAGGUCACCAAGCUUCUGGCUUCCAGAGGAGCUACCAUACAGGAGCUCAACACCAUCCGGAAGGCCCUUUCCUUGUUGAAGGGUGGAGGGUUGGCCCGGGCUGCAUAUCCUGCACAGGUGCUAAGCCUCAUCCUCUCUGAUGUUAUUGGCAACCCAGUGGACAUUAUUGCAAGUGGCCCCACUGUCUACAGUUACCCCAGUGCUCAAGGCUGCCUUCAGAUACUGACAAAAUACAACCUGCUGAGUGUCUUGCCCAGAUCUGUGGAAACAGUGCUGUCCAGCUCCAUCUCAGAUCCCAGUGGUCCAAAAGACUAUUCCCAUGUCUACAAUGUUGUCAUUGGCUCAAACAGUUUAGCUUUAGAGGAGGCCAAAUGCCAAGCAGAGGAUUUGGGCUACUGGACCCUGAUUCUGAGUGCAGCGGUGUGUGGGGAAGUCAGCAGAGUGGCCAAACUCUACAGCCAGUUGAUUCAGUUUGUUUGCUUGAGCACAGCUGGACUUAGAGAAGGUCCUCUAAGAGACCAGGUGAGAGGAGAUCUUCUAAAGCUGGCAGCAGAGCUAGAGAUCCCAGGUUUGAACCUUGUAUAUCCUUUGAAGGCUUUGCAAGGAUUGGAGUCUGAAAGAUCAGUUUGCCUGCUGGCUGGUGGAGAGACCACUGUCCAGCUUCGAGGAAAUGGGAAGGGUGGGAGGAACCAGGAGUUGGCCUUACAGGUGGCAUUGGAGUUACACCGAGCUAAGGCCACUGGGGCUGGCUACUUCCUUGGGAGAUGUGAAGUCCUUUUCCUCAGUGGUGGGACUGAUGGGCAAGAUGGGCCAACAGAGGCAGCUGGUGCCUUCUCUAGCCAGGAGCUGGUGGAUAGGGCUGCUCAGGAAGGUCUGGACGUGGAGACCUUUCUGAGCAACAAUGACUCCUACACAUUCUUCAGUAAGUUCCAAAAUGGACAUCACCUUUUGCUGACUGGUUUAACAGGCACCAAUGUCAUGGACAUCCAGGCUAUUUUAAUUAGGGCUAGAGACAGAUAAGGGGAGCACCUCUACAAACUCCUCAGUUGUUUUUAAUUAGAGGCAUUGGUGAAAAAUGAGGGUACCAAUGUUCUGGACAAAUCCAGGCUGCUUAAAUUAGGGACAGCUGGCAAGGGCACUAAUAUCAUGGCUGUAAAAGCUACGUUAGUGAGGCAUAUGGGUGGAUGACCAUGAGCAUGUUCAAUCUGUUAAUUAGGAUCAGAGGAAGGUAAAAUAGCACCAGCAUUAUGGGCAUUGAGGCUGCAUUAACACUUUCCAGCCGAAGAGCCACUAACAUACUGCAUUUUGGCUGUGGUUAUGCAGGGCUGAUGACUGGCAGGCAAAUAAGGCUGGGAUUUAUAAAGGUGUCUUAGGGAGUUUGAGUUCAAGUGGGGUUUUUGGACAUCUGACGCCUAGCCUGAAUCUCUAGGUUGCCGUUGUAACUCUUAUUCCAUACAAAGCUAACAAGGUAUAUUAGACUAGUCCAUAGGACCCUAAAUCCAGUGCACUCCAAGUUCAGCGGAGAUGAGCACAUGGCGUCAGUUGAACCUUUGGUCUUGGAUACACGGUGAAAACACACCUAGCUGUGGCAUUAACAUCAUGUUAAGUGAAGAACGGUGUGAACCAUGAUUCAGACUCACUGGUGCAAAAACCAUCGGAACAUGAGAUCUUCUCCCCCACUAUGUAACCUUCUCUGCUCUGGUGUGGUGACAUUUCCGCCCCAUGGUUGAUAUUUCAUGGGGUAGCGUGCUGUAUUAUGUGUGUGUAUGCUACAAGCAAUCGGAGUAUUACCACCAAACCAGUCAGAAAGCAAUACAGCCUCCAGCCUGAGUCAUUGA